AUGGAGGUGAGUCUCCGAAAUGGUAGAGACCUAGAUCUGGAGCAAGAAAUUGCUCGUGAAAGUAGACCUACUGAGACACUGGUGCCAGUACCCAUUGAGAUAGAUGAUUCAGCAGGGUUAACUAAGGACUUGAUGUCCCACAAGUUCAACUUUCAAGACUUGGCCACGGUUACACUGAAUCAGACCUGCAGUGUUGUUGUGACGAGACCCAUAGCUGAGAAGCUGUCUGACCCAGGGAGUUUCACAAUCCCAUGCAUAAUAGGUAACUAUACAUUUGCUAAGGCACUGUGUGAUCUAGGGGCAAGCAUAAACCUUAUGCCCCUAGCUAUCUACAAAAGGCUAGGUAUUGGGAGGGCUAGACCCACGUCCAUGUUACUACAGCUGGCUGACCGGACAAUGAAGAGGCCCUCUGGUAUUCUUGAUGAUGUAUUAGUAUAG